AUGUCGAGCACCGAGGGCCGCCAGUCUCCUCCCCCCGAGCAACAGAGCGGAGCUCAGCUCAAGGACGCCCCGGCACAUGGUCAGGGUACCGACGACGCCUCCAAGAAGGAGCAGACCAACAAGUCCGCCCUUGACAGCUUGUCAUCCAACCCCAAGGGCCCUCUGGACGACGCCGUCAAGGACAAGUUCUCAAAAACCUCGGAUAGCGAGGGUACAAAGCAGAAGUGA